AGGGCAUCAAAAUCACGGCUGGUGGCCAAUAUCCGUGCUAUAAGUAGCAGGGAAAAAAUUAUUAACUUAAAACCAAGCAAUAUUCCCUCUUUGGCAACUUGGCUAAAUUGGGUGAAGAGCAAGAAAGAAGAAGAUUUUAAGGUUGCUUAUGUAUACAUAUUUUCUCUAAUGUUAUGUGUGUGUAUAGAGACAACGAAGCCUAAUCUUUGGUUUUCUUUUGAAGAAAACAAGUGCCCACUUCAGGGAAUUGCGUAGGAGUCAGAUCCCGCACACUACAGGACGCAGAGGAAUGGUUCGUCUAACUCAUAAAAUGAAGAAGCAGAGCAAGGAGCCUGAAAAGGUUACUAGAAGUAAGGUUUGGAUUGAAGCACACACACAUAAAGAUGGGAGACCCGCGAGACCAGAAUUUGAAGAAACCAUUGAAAAAAUCAAAACAAUUGAUAGUGAGCUCGACUCCACUGCUAGCACGAAUAUUAAAGAAGAUGCUGUGAGUAAAGUCUUAGGACAAGACAGACCAGGAAGAGUUAGAGGUCUAGGCCGAGGGAUUACUGCAUCAAAGUUAGCUAUAUUGGCAGGUAGAGACACACACGUCAUGAAGCUUGAGGCCAAACAAGCAGAACUAGUGGAUGUAGUUCGUGGCUUGCAGGAACAACUUCAUAACUUGACUGAAUCAAGGAGAGUUGAAGUUGGGUCUACCUCUGAAGUGAAUACUGAUGUUUACAAAGGGGGCCGUGGAUGUCAGAUUUUGGAUUGGUGUGUAGAGGAAGAGGUUGUUAUUGGGGAAGGAGAGUUUGUUUCAUCUGACGCAGCGUACAAGAUUGGACGCAUUCCAAUAGGUCCUAACACGGCUGCUAUUAUUGUCAAGUCAUAUGAGGAGCAAGAAGCAGGGCCACUAUGGAGGCCUUCAGUAACUGUCAGAACACUGAGGCAAGCUGUUGGACAAGUUAUCGCAUGGCCAGUAGAUAGGUUCAUAUUGGACAGUGAAAUGGACUCUCCAACUCAUAAAACUGCUGGUUCUGCGGUAUGUAUUUCUCGGUCUCUUUUGUUAAAUUGUAUGUGAAACUGAAAGUUGAAUUUAUUACUUCUUUUUUUCUACUAAGGUGACAAGUGAUGAUAAGAUAAACAUAUAUGAUUGGAAUUCAACUGGUGUAAUUGUUGCUGAGGGUCGUUUGUGUUCGACGGACCCAGAUGAUCUGGUAAACGACAUCCCACUAGGUCCAGGUGCUGCUAUUGUGAAGGUUGAUGUGGCAGUUGUUGAAGAUGCAUAUCAAUGGAGACCAGUUUCUGAUGAAAUGUUUCUGAUGAGUCAUGCAGUUAAGAUGAAAAUCUCAUGGCCUCAAAAUAAGAUUCAACAGAUUAGUCAGCAAGCCAUGAAGGAGACGAUAUCAAAGAAUAGCUCUCCCAAGAGUGUAAGUCACAGCUCUGAUAGCAGCAAAAGUGGUAAAAGAAAGUGCAUCCUCUUAGAUUGCGAAGGGUCUGGCAAUAAGGUGGCUGAAGGUAGAGUUUUUUCAACCGAUCCAGAAGCUAAAGUUCAUUUUGUCCCCUUGGGUCCCAAUGCAAGCAAGGUAUGGGUCGAUGUCGUUAAAAUUGGAGAAGCACCUGUUUGGAGAGGAAAUUCAGAGAUUCAGUUCAUUGAUGAUGCUUUAGGUGUUCCAAUAGCUUGGCCUAAUGAAUUUCUCAUUAUCUGUUGAAUUAGAGAAUGAACUUGUUGUUGGAUAUCUUUUUAUGAAUUAUGUAUGAUACUUUGGCUUUUAAUCUGAUAUUUUAGUGUUUUUAAUUUCGUUAAUUAAAUUGCACCAAUACUGUCCUGGUUCUCGUUGUCCAUAAUAUAUAGCACAUCAGUCAAUAGCGAAAGUAAUAACGCUACAUUUACACAAAAUUUGCAAGCAUAUAACUUUAUAGUAACAAAUAAAUACCGCUAUUAUAAAUAAAAUAAUUGCAGAGACGAACCGCUAUCA